AAAAUGGCUGACAUUGUGCGAGUACAGAAACUUUACGAUAAAUAAUGCAAGAAAUAUGGAUAUAACGUCGCACCAGCGGGAAGUAUGGCCUCAGACCCCUGGCCGGGAAGCUCUUUAUUCACAAUGGUGUUGUUUCCCUCCAGAAAAGGAAGGAGGUGGUAACUCGACUGAAUCGUAUCUAAGAAAAAAAAUAAAGAGUGACUUCGGGAAUGUUAGGCUCAACCUAUGCUUGGUUGGACACACUGGCGCUGGGAAAUCGGCGUUCAUCAAUUCGAUAGUUUCGAUUUCCAAAGGGCGCAUUGCAGAUGUUUCAUCAGUAAAAUCCGAAGACAUAGGUGGUGUGGGAACCAUGAAGUUGCUUCGAAUUCAAGGCAAGACAACUGAUUUAUUUAGCCAAGUGAAUGUUUUUGACACGAUGGGAUUUACUCUGGCAAAGUCGCCAGAGGACAACGGCAUAACAGACAAAGACCUGAAAGCUGUUUUGGAAGGAGAAGUAGAAAUUAACUACAAAUUUAGUUCAGCUGGGAGUGAACGAACAGGGUAUCACAAAAGACAGGAAAAUAAACCACAUUGUGUUAUCAUUGUUGUUAGUGCUGAGCUACUUCAAAAUAUGCAGCUUCAUGGUGACAGUGUUUUGACGAGAAAAAUGGGGAACUUGCAUAGCUUCAUCCCAAGCGAUGUUUCGAGAAUUGUGGUGAUCACCUGUUGCGACAAAAUAAGCGAGUCCGUUCACCAAAACGUCACUGAAAUUUACAAAAGCAAAACAAUUUAUUCCAUAGUCCAAAAGGCGACGAAGGUUUUUGGAACACCAGAAAACAUGGUUUUCCCUAUUAUUAACUAUUAUAAAGAACUUAGUCCAAAUCCAGAGAAAAACGUUCCAAUUUUGUAUGCGUUGUUGUUUGCACUUAAUUUUGCAGCGGAUCGGCAAGAAUUAAGAACUCAAACAUGACUCCAUUGAACAAUGAUAAGAAAAAAACACAAUAAUGUGUUGUGUUAUGUAACAAAAGGUAAAUAAAGUAUGGAAAACAA